CAUGACCAUCAGCAACGAUGACCUGUUCCAAGAAGCAUGGAUGUUUACGAAGUGUGUUUUAUGCUUAAACUUAUAGCUGUUUUAUUGAUUGACUAGAAAUAGUGUUAAGUGUCCGGUAAGGUUUUUUAACAGCGAUUCUGUUGCUUUGUCUGGGCUGCACCUAAGCUUAUAAACUAGAUGUUAUCAAUCAUCCCAGAGGCGUCUGAUUGAUCCGAGGUUUUCCGAUAAAGGUGUGGAUGUUUGCGUGCUUACAUAUUUGUAUCAGGACGAGCCUUGCAUGUUUUAGUACACCAUUUCCGAAAACUCGUCAGCAUCAAGGAGGUGUUAAAGAGAAUUUCCCCAUUAUGAAAGUUAGCUUAACCGUGGACCACUGCUAGCUAGCCAGUCAUCAUUUGUGUUCUUAUCAAGCGCGUUGUCAAGGCGUCCAACGUUAUUUUCUCAGCGGUAUCAUGGUAUGAUUAAGCAUUCUUUUAUUUUAAUCGUUUGACUCUGUUCAAAGGUUUUUGGAAGGGAAAUUAAGCCGUUAUCUGCAUGGUUUGUUAAAAGCUGAGGUGGACAUUUUCAAGUCAAAGCUUUUUGCGCAGGUUGUUUUGUGAUCUCAGACGAAAUGCAAGCUGCCUGACUUUAAUAUUCAUACAGUCACUAACUUAAGUAAUAAUUAUUGCAGUGAUAAAUAUUUUAGUUUUUAAAAUCACAAACAGGAGAGUGGUUUACAAAAUACCUUCAGGCUAUUAUAUAGAUCUGUAAUGAAAUUCAUCUUUUGCAAACAUAUAUACCUGUAGUGGAUACAUUUUGAAAUGUCACUGUCAGAAAAAAAUUCUUAUUGCAUUCAUUAAAAAUGGCAUCGUUAGGUUAGAAGAUGACCGUGCAGCUCUCGGUAGGAGGAGAAUGCCACUCGUUUUAAACCUGAUGGGUAUAAGAAGUCAAUUGGCGUAAAUCAUAUCAUUAUAGAGAGGUUUGAAAAAUCAGGGGUUAAUUACCUACUGUCUUUGACUGGGUAAAGGAUGUCAGUUAAUCUGGAGGUUCAUUAAGAAACCAACAGUUCAAAAGUCAAAGAUUUUGCUCUAUAUAUUUUUUGAAAUGUUUUGCUGAAUGUCAAGGGUGUCCGUAAACAUUAUCAUGGCUAGAGAUUCAGCCAAAGUAUUACCCAGUGGCAUAGAGGCAUUUUUCAUUGAUAUCCCUGACAACUAUAGUUUUAGAUACUGUAGUACUAUAUUACAACCUGUGAUAUAUAACUAUUCAUAAAAUAUUUGGGAUCUACAUGUACCCUUCAGAGUCAGUUGAGAUAUGCCUCAAUUUAAUGGAAAGUUCUGUCAUCAAAUUUUUUGAGAAAAUCAGAUAUUUUUCUACAUAUACCUAUAUUAGCUGCCCUGGUUAUCGAAAAACCAGCAUUCCUAUUCAGGGGCAAAAUGGUUUUAUUUCUUACUCUUAACAUAUAGGCAUUUCGAUGAAAGGAAAUGUGACUUCAACUGGUUAUUAUUUAAUCUUCUCUGAUCUUGAAGCUAACUAGACAGGCUUCUUAGACAAGCCAAAUUUUUAUCCUUUUCCUAGUGCUUUUUAUUUACUGUUUUGCAUUUUUUUAACACUGUAGGACCUAGCAGAUGAAGUGAUAAUUAUGGCAGAUAUGUGGAAGUACCUUUCCCUUUACUUCUGGUAUCGGCGACUUGUCAAGUUACUUCUCCAUUUAUCCACGGGACAAUGUGAGUUACAGAGGAUCUGUUAUAAAACUAGACAUGGGGCACAGAGGACAUGCAAAGUUGGUAAGCUUAACAAAGUAUAAAAUUUUGAUUUCAUUUCUUUGUUGAACAGACUGCUAGAAUUGUGUUUCUUGUCAGUAAUAUAUAGUUUUUAAUAUUCUUUUGGUUUGUAUUAUUGUGUGAGGUGAUAACUCCUCAGAAAUACAAAAUUUAAAAGGGUUUGAUAUUGGCAGUUAUAUUUUGCUUGAAAAGAGAUACAUGUAUCAAACACUCUUCAUAAUUCUGUGAUAUUUUUUGCUCACCAGAACAGUCCUUGAGGCAAUCCAGAGCAAAGGUUAGUUGAGUAUAUAUUUAUUUAAAUCAAGGCGCUGAACAUAACAUAGAGCCACAAAAUCUUAGGGCACUUUCCAAAAGUCAGGACUGGCUAGCCGGUUCAUGGCUGGACCAGCCAUUUUGACAAUGAAAUAGGUUUUUUCCAAGAGUUUUUGUGGAAUAACCAUCUCAUCCGUGCACACUAUGUAAGAUGUGACUGAUCUGGCUGGAUAUCUUCUUUUAAAAUUCUCAUUACUAUGGGAAUAGUCUGCAUGGUCAGUUCCAGAUGACAACUGGAAAGCACCCCUAGCUAAUAAAAUAAUUAUCACCAAGCUGCUUUGCUGAAAGAAAAAUACCUCAUGUCUCCUAUUACUUGCUUAAGGUGCUGCUGCAUUCAUAAUUUUGAAGCACAGGAAAGUUUUGUUAGAAAUUUAAUAACAUGGUACAUUAUCUACGUAUGCGUCUGUAUGUUAAAUAUUUUUGUCCAGCUACAGUUUCAGUUUUCAGCUAUAAUGUAUUGUGAUCGAUGUUACUGAAAAUAUUUGUAAAUUAAAAUUAAUAUCGUUACAGGAACUUAAUGACCUAGUUGAAAAAACUAAUGUAAACAUCCAAGAAGCUCUUACUUUGAUCAUCACAUUGAAGAAAAUCGACAGAGCACAAGAAAGUGUGUAAGUAUUAAAAUAUUACUGUUAUAAGGUUUAUGUUAUUAUCACAUGUUAUUUACAAGUGCAUCAGAGUAUAGUGUGCAUAAAUAAAUACACCCAUACACUUUAUAGACAUGUAUGUAGAUACGUACAUAGCCCCACAAGGACAGUGGCAGAGACGUGUUUCUUCCAGCUAGCAUGGUACUUUACAGUUUCCCACUUCUUUUGAUUAAUAAUUAAUCAAUAUCAGUGUCGAAGAUUACAAAUUUUCAUUUGUGAAUUAAUUUUCCAGAUUUGUAGAUUCCAUGUUCAUUUGUUUGAGUCAGAUAUGUUGCUAUAAUGAUCUUUGUCAUGAGGUUGAACAGCUAAGAAAGGAAGCAUAUUCAUCGGAAAAUGCCUCUCACGAGAAACGAUUAAUGCAGGUAUAUGCUUUGUGUCUCUUAAUUUAUUUAGUAUCUUAGUUUUAAGUUCCUGGUAUAGUUCUUGGUAUUGGUAUCUUAGUUUAUAAUGUUUCCUCUAGCUUUCUGCCGACAAAAGCUUUUACAUGUAAUAUUUUGUUCUUUAUGCACGUGAUGUCAAGCUAAUUUACUAGUUCCAAUCUCCUAGAGUUUCCUCUGUUAUACCACAGAUGAUAACUGGCCAUUUCUGAGCUGCCCAAGCGUCUGUUCCAAAAUUAGGCUUAGUGCAGAGCCUUUGAAGAGAAAAUUAUUUUUUAUUCUCAUGUAAUUACCCGGGGAGGUUACUCCCAUGAAUAAGCCAUAUAAGCGUGUGCCGCCCCAUCGGGUAGGGUCUGAAAAUGGGUACACACUUUGCCCAUUUUGGUCUGGAGUCGGGUAUGGUUUUCAAGGGAACUACCGAGUGUAUGAACGUAUUUAUCGUUUCAAUUCCAAAUGAGUAAGAAAGAAAGAAAAAUAUGUGAAUUCGAAAUGUAUUGGAAUAAUUUUUUUUGUUUGCGCUCUAAUUUAAGUAAUGAUAACAACAAUUUCUGCCUAAAGGCCAUGUCUGAAAACGGGUGUGGAAAAUUACAUUUUUUGGUCUGAAAUCGGGUUAGGAUUUGAAGAACCGGGCGGCACACCCCGCCAAAAAUUCCCAGGAGUACCCCCCACUCCCGGUAAAAAUAAUAAAACUCAUUUACACAAGAAAGGUUGAGCGCUUGCCCUUGUUUUGAAAAUGAGAGUUUUUGGAACUUGGAAAUAGUCUACUACAUUAAGCAAAUCAACCACGGACAACUUAUGCUGAAUUUACUCCUUGCAUCUUAAGCUUUGGAACCUGAUGAUGCCACACACUCCACUUAAAGAAAGAGUUUGCAAGCAGUGGGGAGAUAUUGGCUUUCAAGGAACAGAUCCCCAAACUGACUUUAGAGGAAUGGGUAAGAAAAUACUCAAUAGUUAACCUAGUGGAAGUCAAGAAGUCAUUUCAAUAAUAAUGUUCUGUAGGAGAUAUCAUUCGAAACUGCUGUCAGAUAGCUUGAUGCUUACUUUAUCUUCAUAAGAAUGACAGAAUCUGUUGGGCUAGAGUGUUUUCAUCACAAACUUAAUCAGUAAUGAUGCAAUGUCUGUUACCUUUUUUAAGGCAUUAAGUAUACAGCUGUUAAAUAUUAAUAUCAGGCGACUUUCUGAAAGGACAAGAUUUGUUAGGUAAUACUUUGAUGCAAGUGUAGCAGCUCAGUGUAUGGCAGUCAUUUGUACAAAUAUAGUGUUGUUUCGAGUAUACAAAAAGGGUCAUCUUAGGUGUUUCCACAUACAGUAGACUAUUUUUUACGCACCUCUUUAUAAUAAAAUGAGAUAGUUAUGAUUCCUGACUUUUCUUUUUUUUUUUCCAUGUUCCAGGUGUUCUUGCACUUGAUAACUUAUUGUAAGUAUGUACAUGUGUAUUUAUUUAUUUUUUUAUCAUAAAAGUUAUAUUAGUAACAAUAAAUUCAUUGUGUAUAUUGAUUUACUGAAAUUAUUUUGCCUGUAGAUUUUUUGCAUCAAAACACACAGAUGCAGCAAGAAAAGUUUUGGCACACUCUCAUCACCCACAUUUCUGGUAGGCUAACUUGCACAUCUAAUGUUGUACUUUAGAUUGUUUGUAAGUAAACAUAACGUGUGUUGUUCUUGGAAAAUCCAUCAUGGAGAAUUCAUGCGCUUAGCCUGCCUCCACGUAACUAAUGUUUUACGUACUUCAAAUAAUUUUGAGGUUCAAACACCGGCUUAGGUGUGGUUAAAAAAACUCUUUGUCAUCUGCCACCGACUAAAAAAAUCAUUCUCAUAUAUUAACCAGGCCUGAAACUCACCAUCACAUUGUUUAGUAUGAUUGUAAGUGUGGGUGCCACAUGAACUUAGUUAUAAUGGUCUCAGCUCUCACAAGUCUCCCGUAGAUCACAAGUAGAGCAUCUGGGCUAGGAAGCAGAUUAAGCCAGUGUUGCCAUUAACCCUUUAAGCCCUAAUGGUGAUCCACAUCCAAUUUCUCCCAACAAUAACACUGCCUGAUCAAACAGACAGGUCAUGAGAAUGAAAUGAUCACCAAGGAUGGAAUGUGUUGAUGUUAGAACAAAUUCUCUCAAGCAUUACCAUAAGGAAUGUAUGAAGAACAGUGUGGAUCGAGAAGAUGCAUGUUGAUUUUCGGGCUUAAAGGUUUCAGGGCUGGGGGCUGGAGAUUCACACCCCAGCCACUAAAAGUAUGUUCGUUGGCUACUUUUGUAGGAAAACAAAAGGAAAUUUAGAGCCAGAAGUACCUCCAAGCUGUUUAAUUCCAGUCCAUGCCAACUAAUGAUUAGUAGGCAGGAAUUGGAAUUAAACAGCUUGGAGGUACUACUUCUGGUUCUAUUUUCCUUUUGAUUCCUAUUGCAUGCACUCGGCAACUUGAAAUCUUAGUGACAGCCGUGAAAAAGUCAUAUAGGACGUCAGACUCCUGCUGGGAGACCUCAGAUGCUUUUGAAAGUCACACAGGUUUUGUAAACUUUCAUUGUACGCAAAUGAGUCUGGUGAGUCGGUGAUGACUGAAAUAACAUGCCCUGUUCAUCAUGUUUUUUCUGUUUGGCAAUGAUGUAAUUUCUCCCAAAUCAAGGCCCUUGAUUUUUGUGUAUUUAUACUUGCAUACUCAAUCAAUUCAGAAGCAAAUUGUUGAAUAUGAUAUAAAAAGUAAAUAUCCUGAAGAAUACUCGACCAUAGAUAAUGUCGGAAAUGAAAAACUCUUAGCGUAGAAAUCCAGUUUCAUUGAGAACAAUCGCCUCCUCAUUUCUUAUCUAAUCUCCAAACAAGCUCAACUUAACCCUUUUAAUAGCACUCUUGUUAUUUAUCAUAAUUGUACGAGCUGGCAUGGGACAAUGAGGGCUGUACUUGAACCCAUGACCCUGAGAUAAAGUCUUCUGCCCCAGCCACUGUGGUGCAGAGAGACUGAUGACAAGUUAAGCCAUUUGCUAGAUUCCUUGAUGCUCAGCCUGAAUGCUUCUAGGAACAGUAAUGUCAAAACUGUGCACCCUCUAUGGAAAUAAAUUUUAUCAUCUUUUUCUUACAGGUUUUCUUAUGCCAUUGCUGGCAUCAACAUCACAUCAUUGGCUCUUCAGUUUUUGAACGAAGGAAUCCUUAGAAGUCACUUUUACAACUGCAGACAAGGCCAGCCAACUGUGGUUGACUUUCACCAGGUUUAUUGUGAGUAUAAUGUUCACUCUUUUAUUUUAAAUUUUGUUGGAAUUAUUUAGACUGUCAGCCAGGUUAUCCUUUGGUGUUGGGAGCGAAUUUAUUGUUAUCAUGAAGUUUAUGGUCCAAACAUCUGACCAUUUUAAUAAACUUUUUAAGUACAAUGUUAUGUUUUCAACGUUACUACUCGGCUCUGUCCCUGAAAUUGAAAUUGUUACCACUCAAGGAUCACAUAUAAAGGUAAAAGUAGUUUAGUGUACUANAAGGGGUUUUGGGAAAGAAGGCGGAAAAUAAGCGGCUGAACCCAGGGGCGGAUCUAGGGGGAGGGUGCAGGGGGUGCGCCCCCCCCCCCACAUCCCUGAGAUGACCUGCGGUUUUCUAAUACAACUGGUAUUCUGCAAAAAAAAAAAACUAUGUGGUUUAAUGCCUGGACCCGUGACUGUUUUCAGUUUUUUAAGGCACUCAACCAACCCAGCUAGUAACCGCCCUCAAUUGAAAUGGAAAAACCAACUUUCAAACUAACUUUUCAUCUUUCCCCUCCUAGAUCCUACUCAACCUUGAGAACCCUUCUACUUUAAAAGAUAACUGUGUAUUUUUUUGACUUUGACUAGCCUUCAAUUUAACCUCUAAACAAGCUCUUAGUAACUGUCAUAACCCUACUAUGUUGUCUUGUUCUAGGUUAUCUAUUUUUUGAGUUCAGUACGUUCUGGAUCAGUGAAGAGCCCGAGAGUGUUAUGGAGUUUAACAGAGUAAGAGACAAGUUUGCAGACAAGGUCACAGAACUUCUCAAGGACUCAAAUACCACGCUGGAAUUAAAGUUCAAGUCUUCAAGUGAUGAUACUUCCCUACUGUCAGUGUCUUCGUUAGAUAGGGAGACAAGUCUUUAAAAGUCGUGAAAGAAUGUGAUUUGUUGCAUUUAUUUAUAUGUAAUAUGUAACGCCCACUUUUAAAUAUUUGAUAUUUGAAUUUUUGUUAGAAAAUGAAAGAGGUGCUAUGAAAUACAAGACAUUGAGUGUUUCUUUUAGUUUUUCAAAAUUAAUUUUUUAUCAUGUCAGUUAAAAUAGUGAGUUUUUGAGAUUAGAUGUAUAAGAAAGUAUACAAAAAUGGUUGUAGUAGAAAAUGUAAAAUUAUUCAUGGUGUUCAUAAAAAGUAACUUCCAGCAUCAGAAUCAUUGCAAGCAAGAUGCCAUCACAAAGGUUUUUUCUUCUACACCAAAAUGUAUGAUUGUUC